UCGGUUUCACCGUCUCUCAGGCACCUCCUCUCCCGGCCUCUCCGGCCUCCCCUCCGGGAUGAGGCUGGGAUCGGCGCUCCGGGCCAGCCCGCUCCAGUGGUAGGCUGGGCACCGGCUGCACCGGACAGACGGACCCGCGGACGGUUGGACUGCCCUGACGACCAGGAGAGGAGAAGCCGCCUCCGCUGUCACCAUGGACCCUCCAUCCCUGGACACAGCCAUCCAGAACGCCCUGGCAGGCCUCUACCCUCCUUUUGAGGCCACAGCGCCCACUGUCCUGGGUCAGGUGUUCCACCUCCUGGACGCUGACUUCCAGGGGGACGGGCUGAGCUUCCUCCUGGAUUUCCUGAUCCCUGCCAAGCGCCUAUGUGAGCAAGUCCGAGAAGCAGCCUGUGCCCCCUAUACACACUGCCUCUUCCUGCAUCAGGGCUGGCCGCUGUGCCUGCAGGACAAGGUUGUGGUCCACCUGGCCCCCCUCAACCCCCUCUUAUUGCGCCAGAGUGACUUCUACCUUCAAGUUGAGCCUCAGGAGGAGCAGUCUGUCUGCAUCAUGAUCAAGUGCCUCUCGUUAGACCUCCGCACAGUGGACACGAAGCCUGUUCCCGUGUCGUCCUACCCGACACUGUUCACCCAGGAAUGGCUGGAGGCCUUCAACAAUGACUUUGAGGGAAGUCCCCUACACAACUGCCUGGUAGCUUCAGAAGAGGGGAUUGUUCCUGUGCCCUGGACCAAGAUAACCAGCCCAGCGUUUGUGGAUGACAAACCCCAAGCAGUGACUGUUCUCUCCCGGGCCUGGGGUUCCCUUCAACUAGAGGCACUGGAUUUGAGUGGCCCCCAAGAGCUGCACCAGGUCAGGUCUCCAGGCAGCCAGGUGCUGCUUGGGCAGAGCUUGGCCAAGGGUAAAGACGAGACAUAUGAGAGUAAGUACCCCGGACUUAUCAAGGUGGAGCAAGCCAGGCCUGGGGAGGUGGCCUUCAGGAUGGACGAUGUGGCCAGCCAGAACUUGGAGGGAGAGUAUGUGGCUCUCCUGGACUUUUCCCAAGAGAGCAGAGGAGAGCCUGUGAGUAGGGAGGUGAACACAUCCCGUGGGUGUCCUAUUGGGGCACUGGAGGAGCUAUCUGGAAUUAAAGAAAUCCCUCUGUCCCAAAGGAUGCUGCCUCUCUCAGGGGCCAGUGGGGGACCCCCCCUGGGAAAGUGUGCUUGUGCAAAGCCAGCAAGCUUGGAGGAAGAUCCCUGCGUUUUGAGCUUGAAGAGAAAGGUCAACCAUAAAGCCCCCUCCCACAACUUAGAGCGCCAGCCCCAGGAGCCCUACCUCAAUGUCCGUGAGAACCCACUGCGCUGUGCCUCUGGCCUCAGGACGGAUGUCUCAGAGGAGUCAGCUGCCUCCAAGAGGCAGGGACCUCUGGGAAACCCAGAGAAUGUGGUCCAGCUCAGACCUGGGCAAAAACAAGCAUCCUGUCCCCAGCUGUGCCCAGCUUCUCCUCCUGCUGCACCAGCCCUUGAGACCAAGAUGGGAGAGAGGACCAAACAGGGAAGUGGGAAACCUCCCAAGCCCAUGACUGGCCCUGGUCGAAACACCUCCUCUUCCAGAUCCCCAUCUCUCGGACUCAAAUUCUCAUUCUUGAAGGGGCAGAGGCAAGCUCCCGUGCCCCCAGAGAGAGCCUCGCUCCAGCAUGACGGGCCCUGGAAGGUCUUGUGUUCACUCUGCUCUCCCAAACCCAACCGAGCCAAGUGCUUGGAGAAAGCUGGAACAACUCAGACCAAAACAUCUGGCCCCGCUGCUGACUCAGGCCCACUGGCUGGAGGAAAGGCUGGUUUCCCAGAAGCUUCUACAGAAAGAGGCCCCACUCCGGAUGAGGAGCCACCAGGGCCCGAGCCCAGCAUCGGGGCUCUGAGUAUGGAGAUCAUCCACUCCCGGAUAGCGUGCCUGCCAGGUCCUCAGGAUCAUAGGGGCAGGCCAGAAGACAAAACCAAGGGGCUGGCGGUGGUGAUAGAUGCCAGGAAGCAGCCUCUACACCCUGUCCUGGUCAAUGCGUUGGAAGCCACCCAGGCUCUGGACCCAGCCUCCAUCCAUGUCAUACUCUUCCUGGGGGAGAAGGAGACUGCCCUUCCGCUGGAGACAUUACCUGACAUCCAGGUGGAGGUGCUGACUUCCUUAAAGGCCCUCAGCCACCACGUGGACCCCAGCCAGAUGCCCACCGCCCUGGAAGGCUCCUUCCCCUACUGCCACAGCGAGUGGGUGCAAUUCUUCCAGAAGUCAGAUCCUUUCCUUGCUGACCUCCGCCAGGCCUCCUCCCUGCUACAGGCAUCCAUCAAGGAGUUUGAGAAGGGUGACCCCCCUGGAGGGGCACAGGAGGCCUCCAGGUGUCUGAACAAGUCCAAGGAGCUGAUGGAGGCCGUGCUGAGGGACCCAGGUCUGCUGGGCCUCCAGCGCGAAGGCGGGGCCACCCUGGCCAGGCUGCAGCAGGAGGCCAGCAGGCUGGACUUCAACCCAGAUGUCAGGAGCCAUCUGGCCGAAGCCACUGCCCUCUAUAGCCUCGUGGACGAACAGCUGCAUGUCCUGGUCACCACAUCUAAUCACCUCCUGGGGAGGCUCGAGCUCCGCGUCCGCAUGGGCCGCCUGGAAGCUGCCAUCCACCAGGUCAGCAACUGGAUGGAGCAGGAAGGAAGCCGGCGCCUGCAAGCGCUGACCCCCAAGGACGGGAGCCUGGAGACAGUGCAGAAAGCCCACCUGGAAUUUGAGGACUUCUUCCUGCAGGCUGCAGCCCAGUACCGGCAAGGCCUGGAGCUGUCCAAGCAGGCGGCCCAGCUGGGAGCCUCAGCGGGAGGGGCCCGCGAGGCGGGAGGAACAGAGCCCCCGGAGCUGGCUGCCUUCGCCUCCAGGCAGCGGACCUUCCAGGCUAAGCUGACCCACUUCUACAUGGCUGCUGAGCGGCAGCGCACGGACCUGGAGACGCUGCUCCAGCUCUACCACUUCUGCAAGAAGAUGGCCUGGUUCCACAUGGACUGUCAGGACCUGAUGACCCAGCUCAGCCUGGGCAAGGACCCAAAGGCCAGCCCCGGGGGCCAGCGCCGCCUCCACCGCUACCUGCAACGGCUGUCGUCCGAGUUCCCUGCUGAGAAGCUCACGGCCAUGGGGCUGCAGGUGGCCUCGCUGAGCCAGGAGGACCUGGGCCAGGACCUGUGGGAGGAGGCCCAGGUGAGACAUGGGGAGAUCCAGACCCUCCUGACGAAGGCACUGGCCCACUGUCAGUGCCCACUGGGCCCCAGUGCCCACGCGGCACAGCUGGAACUACAACGGACCGCCGCCAAAGGCCAAGGUGUGAAUGGAGACGUCACUUCCAAGGGACGGCGGGACCCACCCUUCCAGGACUCCCUGGGCCUGGAUCGGUCACCAAAACCCCGUUGGCCUCCUCGGGCCGAGAGAGGGGGGCAGAACAGACGUCUCCAGGCAGGCCCUCUGCCCCUGGACGCCGGCCAGGCCACAGAGGCUGGUGAAGGCAAGGGCCCUCGCGAACCCCUGGAUCCUGCCCCGGAGCGGCUUCUCACCUCCCUCUUCUCCUGGCAGCGGCUCCCCAGGCAGAGGCAGGUCCCCCAUCCCACCGGGGGCAGCUCCUCCUCAGAGGGGACAGACUCACGGACGUCUCUGGAGGACUCGCCCCAGACAAGCCCCCCUGCCUCCCUCUAGCUGGGAGCAGAGCCCCCCACCCCCUGUACCAGGCUCCAGGGGUUCGGGCUGGGCCUGCUGCUGCGGGACCACGCCCGUCAGGCCGAGGCUCCUGAGCACUGGGUGUGUGUGUGGCCUGUGCCGAGGGGCCAAGAACCGGCACCAGGAAACUCUGAGAAGUCCGGACCCUGGGAGGUCGGGGCAGGGUGCAGCAGAGCGUGGGGUUGGCUCCCUCGCCCCAGAACAGACCCUUCCAGGGGGCUCAGCCAUAGGGAGGCCCCUGCCCAGCUGGAGGUCAGGGGCACCCAGCUUCCCCUUGGGACACUAGGGGCAUCGCUGCCCUCAUACGGAACCAUGAGUGAGAGAUUCGGGAGUGGCUCCUGUUCUUAGGAUCCCACUGAACGGACCCCGAGACAAGGAUCCAGGUGCAUGUGUGUUUGACAGUCACCCCAGGAACCACUGGGAGGUGAGCCUGGGAAAGCAAUAAAGGGGGUGCUGUCAAGCAAAUCACUGCACGCAACUCAUUGUGCCAUUGGCCUUGGCCGUUGACCUGCCAGAGACCAGUUAGUGUUUCAGGUAGG